GGCUGUGGUUGGCAGAAGACUUUCGGUUCCAAAACAACUCUUUCCCUCUGACAUUCCACCCCUGCAGCACUAAUAAUAUCCAUCUUAAAUCCCUAUUUUACCCCUAGAUAUUUUCAUUAAUUCCCAUCCUACCCUUCCUUCUUCAUUGGCUCCCCAACUUGUCACAGAUACAACACACCACCAAUCACCUCAAAGAUAAAUUCUCCACCUGUUUCUUUAAUCUUUAUAACACCCUCAAAAAAAUAAAAACCUCAUAGUCUUUAAAAUUCCUUCAUGGGUUGUCACUAAGAUAAUUGAUACAUAAUUUAUUAUCUUGUAUUGAAGUUGUUUGCAAAUUGAAUGAUGCCUGGGUUGGCUAUGGAUGAAGUUGUUGAAGACAAGGUGUUUGAUGAAAUGCCUGAGAAAGAGAAUUCGUCAAAAAAUGAGAAUUUGGAGUUUACCAAGUCUCCGAACGAUGUAGGUUCGGUUGUUCAUGUGAAUCCUGGUGAUGCCGGUGCUUCUGGGGCGGUUGUUGAGCCGUCUAUAGAAGAACUUUACGAUAACGUGUGUGAUAUGCAGAGUACUGAUCAGUCUGUAUCUAGGCUGAGCUACGGAUCAGACGGUGAAGAAUCGAGAAUCGAUUCCGAGUUAAGGCAUUUGGUCGGUGGUGAGAUGAAGGAAGUUGAGAUUUUAAAAGAAAAUGAAGAGGGUGUUAAGCAAAAUGAAGAAGAAAGCUUGAAAUCCAACUCGUUAAAGAGCUCGAAGAAAGCAUCGCAAUCGCGUUUGGAGUCAGAAGCAAGUUCUAUAUCGAGUCCGAAGAGCAAAACCCAUAAAACAAACAGUCUUUUAGCAAAGAAAACGAACAAGAAAUCGAGGAAACCGGUUGUCGGUGAGGGUACUUCUAACGAAACAGAUAAAGACUCGGAUCGUGGCCCGUAUUUGCUUAAGCAAGCACGGGAUUUAAUGUCGUCGGGUUCUAACCCUCGUAAAGCACUUGAUUUAGCUCUUCAAGCAGCCUCUUGUUUCAAGAAAUCGUCAAACGGUAAACCAAAUUUAGAUAUCGUAAUGUGUCUACAUGUUACAGCUGCAAUAUACUGUAGUUUAGGCCAGUACAAUGAAGCUAUACCGGUUCUUGAAGAGUCUAUUGAAAUCCCAGUGGUCAACGAAAGUCAAGAUCACGCUCUCGCUAAAUUUUCCGGUUUAAUGCAGUUGGGUGAUACUUAUUCUAUGUUGGGUCAACUUGAAAAUUCGUUGAAAUGUUAUACAGUCGGUUUGGAAGUACAACGAGAGGUUUUGGGCGAUUCGGAUCCAAGAAUCGGUGAAACGUGUAGGUAUCUUUCGGAAGCUUAUGUUCAAGCACUUGAUUUUAACGAAGCCGAAAGAUUUUGUAAAAUGGCUAUUGAGAUCCAUGUAAAGAACGGUUUGCAAGCGGAAGAAGCAGCCGAUAGGCGGCUCAUGGGUCUGAUUUACGAGUCAAAAGGUGACCAUGAAGGUGCUCUCGAGCAUCUAGUUUUGGCUAGUAUGACCAUGGUGGCUAUCGGGCAAGAAAGCGAGGUAUCGUAUGUAGAUUUAAGCAUUGGCGACACGUAUUUAUCGUUAUCUAAAUACGAUGAAGCUAUAUUCGCGUAUCAGAAAGCACUCACGUCUCUUAAAUCAUCCAAAGGCGAAAACCAUCCGUCUGUUGCUUCUGUUUACGCCCGUUUGGCUGAUUUAUGUAACAAAACAGGGAAAUUUAAAGAAUCAAAAUCAUACUGCGAAAACGCACUUCGUAUAUACGAGAACCGCGUUUCGGGAAUCCCGUUAGAGGAAAUUGCUUGCGGUUUCACCAACAUUUCUGCUAUUUACGAGUCUAUGGAUGAGAUCGACCAGGCACUCGAGUUACUUCACAAAGCGUUAAAAAUAUACAACGACGUUCCAGGUCAGCAAAGCACGAUUGCGGGUAUAGAAGCUCAAAUGGGCGUAAUGUAUUACGUGUUGGGAAAAUACUCGGAAUCUUAUGAUUCUUUCAGAAACGCCAUUUCUAAGCUUCGUGUAAGUAGUGAGAAGAAAUCUGGUUUUUAUGGGAUUGCACUUAAUCAAAUGGGACUCGCGUGUGUGCAACGGUAUGCCAUAAACGAAGCUAUAGAAUGCUUUGAAGAAGCUAGGACCGUCUUGGAACACGAGUGUGGUGCUUUUCACCCUGAUACGCUUGCGGUUUAUAGCAAUCUUGCAGGCACUUAUGAUGCAGUUGGAAGGUUGGAUGAUGCAAUCAAGAUAUUGGAACAUAUAGUUGAGGCUAGAGAGGAGAAGCUAGGGACUGCGGGUUUUGAUGUGGAGGAUGAGAAAAAGCGAUUAGCGGAGUUAUUGAAAGAGGCCGGGAAAGUUAGAAGCCGAAAAGCUAGAUCAUUAGAGACCCUUUUUGAUUCAAAUGAUCAAUCAAAAACCAGCAAUGAGGUUAUUGAGGUAUGAUGAUGAUGGUGGUGGUGGUGAUUUGAUCUUGAAACAAUGUAUCAUAUAAGUUUAUAAACACAUAAUUAUGUCUUUGAGGAUUGAUUGUUUGAUGUAUUUGUAUUUAUAUUGCUUCUAUGAGUUCUUGAUUUUUGUAAUUAUUUGUAUAUGAUGAGAUGCUUCUAUAUGGUAUACACAAUCAUGAGAUUAUCUUUAAGAUUA